ACUUUAUAGAGCUCAAUAUAUCUUGCACUGUUCAUAUAACGAUUAGAAUGAAGAAGAUUUACUUUAACGCGAAAUUUCUAAAUAUUUGAAAGUGGGGAGGGCAUGUAGUUUCGAUUUUGCUUUUAUCGCAUGGGGGAUUGGCUGUUGUGUUGCAUUGUAUCUCUCACCCUUUGCUCUCCAUAUUGUGCAACAUUUUGCUGAAUUCAGAGGACUCGACCCAUAAAUUCGCAGUGAAGGUCUGAAGAGCCAUGGAAAUAUCUUUCGCAGGCAAGCGGGCCAUAGUCACCGGGGCAGGAAAAGGCAUCGGCCGGGCCACAGCGCUUGCUCUGGCGCGCUGCGGGGCAGAGGUCGUGGCUGUCACACGCACGCGGGCUGACCUGGAUAGCCUUCUUCUGGAGUGUCCGUCCAUCAGGCCAGUGUGUGUGGACCUUGGGGACUGGGGGGCCACAGAGGAGGCGCUACGUGAGGCCGGCGGUAAUGUGGAUCUGCUGGUGAAUAACGCAGCCUAUGCCAUGCUGCAGCCCUUCCUAGAGGUCACCCCCGACCAGUUUGACAUAUCCUUUAACAUCAACGUGAAGGCUGCCCUCCAUGUCUCUCAGAUCGUGGCCCGGGGUAUGAAGGCCAGAGGAACAGGAGGCUCCAUAGUGAACAUCUCCAGCCAGGCGUCUCAGUGUGCCCUCCGAGACCACACUGUCUACUGUUCCACUAAAGGAGCUCUGGACAUGCUGACUAAGGUUAUGGCCCUGGAGCUUGGACCCUAUCAGAUCCGUGUGAACAGUGUGAACCCCACAGUCGUAAUGACUGAGAUGGGGAGACUGGGAUGGAGCGACCCUGACAAGGCCAAGACCAUGACCUCACGCAUCCCUCUUGGACGAUUUGCAGAGGUGGAGGAUGUGGUGAACUCUAUCCUGUUCCUGCUCAGCGAUAAGAGUUCUAUGACCAACGGGGUCACUCUGCCUGUGGACGGAGGCUUCCUGGCCUGCUAACCUCUCACCUUCUCAUUCUACCUCUUGAUUGGCAGGCGUAGUCAUAUCCCAUGUUUCCAUGGUGUCCACUAGUACCUUUUUCAUUCCUCUUCAAUCACUGAUUAUAUUCAGACUUGAUUUUGUUUUAUUUUACUGAUUACAUGUAUCACCCAGAACAAUAAAACCUUAAUGAAUCUUU